AUGGCAGACAAAGUCAGGGACGUCGCUGUCGGCGAGGCCGACCGCAUCAAGACCCUAACCGUUCAAGCGGCGCGUUCUGCGGCAUACCUAUACCCUGUCAAGGGUAUCUACUAUUUCCUAUCCCAUCGCUCUCUAUGGAAGCCUCUCACAACCAAGCUUGCCCCGACAAUGACUCUAGGCCUCGGCGUAACCACCUUUAUGUUCCUCUUCACCUACGUACCCCAGGUGGCCGUCAUGGCGUUUACCUCUGGCCCUUUGGCUGCCGUCAGCGCCGCCCUGCUCGUCCUGUCUGAGUCUUCAACCCUCUUCACAAUUCUCAGCAAGACCUUCCUCAUCGAAGACGCUCUCACCGACACAUUUGAUGGCGUGCUGGUGUCUAAGAAUACUACAAAUCUUGUCAGCGAGGGAAGGCAGAUCAAAGGAGGCAGCGAUAUCAUGGGCAAGCUGGGGAAGUUGACGAAGAAGCCGUUUCAGAAGUUUACGCCUACGGCAAUUAUUAGGUACUUCAUGUAUCUACCGCUGAACUUCAUACCAGUGGUUGGAACGGUUCUGUUUGUGGUAUUGCAGGGGAGGCGUGCUGGCCCGGCGGCUCAUUCGCGGUAUUUUCAGUUGAAGCAGUGGAAUAGUACUCAGAAGCAGAAGCACAUUGAGGAGUAUAAAGCGGCGUACACGAGCUUCGGUGUUGCAGCUGUCCUGCUAGAAUUGGUGCCUAUUGCGAGUAUCCUGUUUGCAUUUACAAAUACGGUGGGAGCAGCUCUGUGGGCAGCGGAUAUUGAGAAGGGGAAUGUGACGACGGAGGGUACGGCGCCGGGGUUGAAUGAGCAGGCCGGGAAGGCGGAGUGA